AAGGCCCAGUAACUGAAACUCAAACGCCCAAAAGGGUAUCUCCAAUUCCUCCUAAACCUUUUUUGGUUUGUACAGAAGAAAUGUCUGGAAGGUUGGGAAAGAGAAAGGAAGAAGGCGAGAACGCUUCUGAAGGCGACAGUAAUCCUCCUCCUAAGAAAUCUUCAAGAACUGACGAUUCUGAUGAUGAUGCUGAUGGUAUCGUCGUCUGUGAGAUUUCUAAGAAUAGGAGAGUAUCAGUUAGGAGCUUUGGAGGGAAGAUAAUGGUAGAUAUUCGUGAGUUUUAUGUUAAAGAUGGCAAGCAAAUGCCCGGUAGAAAAGGCAUCUCAUUGAAUAUGGAUCAGUGGAAUGUACUCCGAGAUCAUGCAGAUGAAAUUGAUGAGGCUGUUGCUGAGAACAGUUAAAUGUUGCAAGUCGCUAGCGCUUAGUUGGUGUAUAAUGUUAUUUUGGGUAAUGACAAGUUAAAUUGGAACUAGGAAAUGUUUUCCCUUGGUACUGUUGUAGAUGAGAUGGAUAAAGCAAGAUCUGUUUAGUUGGGAAAAACAUGGCUUUAGGAUAUGUACUUUCUGAAUGGGAUUCGAACAAGCAUCCGUGCUGCUAAAAAAAUUGGCCUUCUCUGAACCAAAA